AUGGAGGCUCUGGAAUCAGUUAACAGUCAACUUUGCCAGCUAUGUCCAGACAGUGAAGAUCUUUUUGAUAUUGUCCUCAUGACUAAUAACCAUGCUCAAGUUGGAGUACGGCUCAUCAAUACCAUAAAUCAUUACAACCUCUUCAUUGAGCGUUUCUGUAUGACUGGAGGCAACAGCCCAAUUGAAUACCUGAAAGCUUACCACACCAACCUGUACCUCUCAUCUGAUGGCCAGAAAGUGCAAGAAGCUAUAGAAGAAGGUAUAGCAGCAGCAACCAUUUUUAGCCCAAGUCACAAUGUGUCUGUUCACGAAGAACAACUACGUGUAGCCUUUGAUGGAGAUGCUGUCUUGUUUUCUGAUGAGUCAGAACAAAUUGUAAAGGAGCAUGGGCUGGAAAUGUUUUUUGAACACGAGAAAACUUAUGAGAACAAGCCUCUGGCACAGGGACCUUUGAAGGGUUUCCUGGAAGCUCUGGGGAGAUUACAAAAGAAAUUUUAUUCCAAGGGAAUGAGGAUGAACUGCCCUAUUCGCACUUAUUUAGUUACUGCACGUAGUGCUGCCAGUUCUGGCGCACGAGCCCUAAAAACACUACGUAGCUGGGGACUUGAGACUGAUGAAGCAUUAUUCUUGGCUGGAGCCCCAAAAGGACCUCUCCUUGAAAAGAUUCGCCCACACAUAUUUUUUGAUGACCAGAUGUUUCAUGUUGAGGGAGCUACGGAGAUGGGCACCGUAGCAGCUCAUGUACCAUACGGUGUAGCACAAAGACAUAAAUACAAAAUUUCUCAAAACAGCAAGUAAUACAUCCUUUGGCAACUGCAGCCAUGCACUGUGCACAGGAUAUUACCACAAUACAUAUUUAUUUGUGUUCUUUGGGUUUAAUGGAAAGCCCAGAAUUGUUUACAAUGCUCCUUGUUCUUUAUUAGAACCACAUGGGGCAUAAUAA